ACAUCACCCCACCACACCAACCGUCACAUCAUGUGCUCACGCUAGUCCUGCCACUACCCAGCCAUGGCCAAGCUGCCACCCACCCAGACCUUGGCCCCGGCCCCCCCUCCCGACCUCCAGCUACAGCUCAUCGUCGACGCUGACGAUGACAUCAACGACAGGAAUGGCGCGGGUCAACGUCGGCCGUCUACGGCAUCGUUAUCCAGAUUCCGCUCAUGCCCCCAACUGGCGUCCGUCAUGAACGCGUCCCAGGACUCCCCGGGGAGCGACAUGGCGCCCAUGACGGACCACGACGGCAACAUCAUCCACACGGCCCCCACCGUCAGGAACAGCCUGUACGUCGACCUACCCAGGCUGGAGUCCGGGAGCCUUCGCUCGGCGGCCGGCACCCCGACGCCCCCGUCCACGCCGGGGAGCAAGCGCCGCGACCCCAUGACCUCCUCCUACAACUCCCGCUCCAACGGGGCGUCGCCAUCCUCGACGCCCAAACUGUCUCGGCGCUUCGAGACCCGAACUAGCUCCGACGACAGCCAGGGGAUGACCUUCGAAUGCGGCGCGGCCGCGCUUCCGCUGAAGGAGGAGAACCUGCUGCGGCUGGAGGAACUCUGCGGCCGCGAGAGUCUCCGGUUCCCGCACUUUGACGACACGCCUGACCACGCCGGCGAUGACGUCAGUGACACGGACGACGGCUCGUCCAUGCACGUCAGCGGCCGGCUCGCGCACCGCCACCCGCACCCCCACCACCGCCAACACCACCAGCACCAGAUGAACCACCAGCACCAGCCCAACCACUACCCCCAGCCACCCGGAGACGACAGCGUGGACAAGUGCAGUCGCUGGCUGCAGAGCCUCAAGCUGAACAAGUCGGACAAGAUCAAGUCGCGCAGUCACAUCCAGCUGCCGCCUAUAUAGACAUCCAGCUGCCGCCUAUAUAGACAUCCAGCUGCCGCCUAUAUAGACAUCCAGCUGCCGCCUAUAUAGACAUCCAGCUGCCGCCUAUAUAGACAUCCAGCUGCCGCCUAUAUAGACAUCCAGCUGCCGCCUAUAUAGACAUCCAGCUAUAUAGACAUCCAGCUGCCGCCUAUAUAGACAUCCAGCUGCCGCCUAUAUAGACAUCCAGCUGGGGAGGUCACAUGAUCAUGGUCGGUGUCACGUGGUCAAGUUUUGUUACAAGGGUCACUAGGUUAAAAUAUGAGUUAUUUGGACAAAUUAUACUUAAUUGGGACACUUCAACAAGUUAUACUUAAGUGGGUCACUUUAAAAAGUUAUACUUAAGUGGGUCACUUCAACAAGCUAUACUUAAUUG